GAAAAAAUUCCUAACAUUUAAACCAAUACACUCUCAAUCACCACUAGUGCACAAAAAUUUCUUAAUCUCUGCGUCCCUCCAGCUGCAGCUUCCAUCCAGACUCAAGUGCUUAGCGAGGCUCACUGCUUAGAUCCACUGAUGAGGUUUUGAUUUAAUGUCCUCGAGAAGAAACUUCAACUCCCCCGAGAGUAAUCACCAGAACUGGAGAAUCCACCCUCAAAAUGAUACAUGACGAAGAGAAGAGACUUAGGAAGCAGAUCUGGGUCACCAUCUUGGGUAUAAUUGUGGUCAUCGCAAUUGUGCUCGUCGUUCUUGGUCUCACAGUCUUCAAGUCAAGGGAUCCCAAGGUGCACAUCAACACUAUCGACCUUGAAACCUUCAGCAUUGGCCAGACCUCCCUCAACAUGUCGCUGCUGCUCGACAUCACCGUCUCUAACCCCAACAGAGCAAGCUUCACCUACUCGAACGGUCUCACGAGAUUAUUCUACUACGGGGAUCCAGUCGGCCAGGCCCUCAUUCCCGCAGGGAAAAUUAAGUCCAAGGCUGAUGAGUAUUUGUCUGUUUUGUUGUUCGUCGAGGCUUCUCGUGUGAUUAUGAACGCGAACCUCCCGGGUAACAUUGUCAGCGGCAGGCUUCCUGUUGUGGCAACCACGACGUUAACAGGGACUUUGAAAGUUCUGGGUGUGUUCAAGCAUCACGCUCUGUCUACUUCUGACUGCGACAUAUUUAUCUUUGUUGCAAAUGCUACUGUUCAGAGCUUCUAUUGCAGGCAUGCAGUGAGGCUUUGAACUGAUUCACCAGCACUUCAUUCAAUCACCUUUAGUCUCGCCAAUAUCUUCCUUCGUAAGUUCUGUUACAUAGACCCAAUGGAGGCUUCGCAUUAUCUCAGUUGAGUUACUUUUAGAAACACAUCACUAGAAGUGAGUCGCAGUGUUGGUGUACGUCCAGAAUGUGUUAGCAACUGAACAAACCCACGAGAUUACUGUAAUAGAAAAGAUUUCAGAGAUCUAGUCAAGAUUAGUUAGUAGAGUCCAAGCCUAGCUCCGACUCUAGAUCGAUGAGGCUCCAUAGAGAUAGAAAAGCAUCUUUCCUUGUUGCAUGGGUUGUGAUCGUGCAGAGUGUAGGUAAGUAUAGGUACUUAACCCUUCUACCGUGCAUAUAUCCCACCAAUAUUUGCACCUGCUCUGGUCAAGCCUGAAUCUAUCCCUCCUAGUUGUUACAUCAAUGGUGUUGAGAGCGACCUCGUCGCAAGUUCUCAAUUGGCAAUCAGUGGUACAUAUUCUGCAUCUCACAAAGUGGAGGAGUUGAAAUGAAGAAAUUCUCAAUCUUACUAUGCUUGUACUAUACAAAUUAUAAAUGUCAAGCCAUCUUUCAAAAUCAAGCUUACUAAACUAACAAGGUGAGUAAGAAUAGUAACUCAGAAUUCAAUUCAGAUGUGAUCCGACACAAAUCUUGUCUACACUCUACGCUCCAUAAUUCAAGGUCGACGAAAACAUUCUAGAUGUGGCAUUCAAACAACACCAUUCCAUCCCAACCAAUAACGUUAUCUUAGAUGUUGGAUCGUUAAACCA